GAGCAGAGAAGUGGCAGCAGCAGAGUAAGAUGGAGAAGAGUAGCAUCGCCGCUCACGCUGAUGAGGAGGAGCACAAGAUAUUCAGCAAAAGGAUGGAUAAGAAGAGAAAGUUACCAUCUAGCUGGGAGCAGGAGGAGAGGGAGACAGGAGACGUGGAGAGAAGGAGUGAGGGGCGAUGUGGAGAGAAAGGAAGCAGGGCAGAGGUGGAGGACGGAGGGAGAAGUAAGAAGCGCAGAAAGAGCAAGACCAGUGCUGCAUGUGCUCAGGAUAGAGCAGGAAUCAGCAACACUCAGCCAAGCUGCCUCAGAGAUGAUGUCUCGCUCACCAUCCGGAGACUAUCAUUCUACCAUCAGAUAGGCCGGGGCAGCUUUGGAAAGGUCCUACUGGCCGCAGACGCCCGUGGUGGGCCGGAUUUGGCUGUGAAAAUCAUUAGUAAAAGAGAUCUGCUAAUGGAGGGCCGGGAGCAAGCGUUGGUGGAGAGCAGAGUGCUAGAACUUGCAGCUGGCAGCGACUUCCUCAUCCAUGCCCACUUUGCACUGCAGACCAAGGAGCAUGUGCUAUUGGGCAUGGAACACGCAAGUGGGGGAGAUUUCCACCAACUCCACCGGAGGAAAGGCCGCCUUAACAUCGCCACUGCAAGGUUCUAUGCUGCCGAGAUCGUAUGUGGGGUGCAAUUCCUCCACUCUCAGGGCAUAAUCCAUAGGUACCUGUGAGCACACCUAAUAUUCCGUUUAAUUUAAAACCUUACCCACUACUGAAUGAUAAUCACUCAAAGGAUGUCUGUCAAAUUCAACCUUACCACUUGACUGUCAUCUCUGGAUGUAAUCAUCUUCAAUUAUACGGUCGCAGUAACUACAAAACACAAUAUUCCUCAGACAACAGCCUAUCACGUUACCUCUGAACUCCGUAACUACAAGACCUCUGAUUUUAUUCUGGCUUUAAACAAAGUGAUAGGCUGAUCCCGGGAUAGUAUAAAGACAUCACUAUUUUCUCCAGAACCAGUUCCAGUCCCACGCUCGACUCCUCAGGAACCCUCACAAAAAUAGAAUGUCCUGGAACAAAAUGUUUGUCAAAAGAAAAAGAGAGAU